AUGUCGUCGUCUGGCGCAUCGCAGCCCACACCGCCUGGUAAAUCGCAAAACAUCGAUCCGAUAUUGCGUAAUGCGCUCCGCUACACCAUCUCGGCAAAGGAGUAUCAGUUGCUGCACCAAUACCUCCUUUCGCGCGCACCGGUUGUGAAGAAGCACACUAUACAUCCCAAGCGAUAUGACGCAAUUGUAAAGGGUCCAGAUGAUUACAAUGUAGCGGCAUUCCGCGCUGCACUGCGCUUGGGAGUCGUGACCUUCUCGGGGCUGAAGGCUUGGGAAGUGAUUAGUACAAGGCUUUUGUCGCGGGGAACCGCGAAGAGGAGUCAACCCAGGACAUCAGUCUUCAGGUCACCAAACGUGCGCCUUAGCAGCUCCCUCGCCCUCAUACUCCUAUUCCACCGCCUCCUACGUCGCUUCUUCCUGCGCAUUCGUGAAAGCCUCCUAAGCAAUGAAGGCAAGUCGUUCCGGCGACGGAACCCACGCAUAUCUCGUUCCCUGACAUCGAGAUUGGCACCGGCCAUUGGAUCCAGCUUGGCAGGUUUCUUCCUCGCCGUAUACCCUGGAGAUCAACUGCGUGUUACAAUCGCGAUAUACAUCAUGACAAGGGCUCUUGAAUUUGGCUACAACUACCUAGAGGAGCUAGGCUACUUCAAGAAUAAACCCAGUUGGUUCGGCUCCUGGAUGAUAAUGCCAGUAGCAUGUGGACAACUAUUGCACGCGUUUGCCUUCGAUCGCGACUGUUUCCCCUCUGGAUUAGGCGAUCACAUAUUGAAGAACUCUCCAGAGUACAUACAGAAACGACCGACAGACUACCCAAGCACAGCGCAAUGGCCAGGUAAAUUCGACAUUGUGGACAAUCUAGCGGAGAUCUCGCGACAGCGCUGGCCACCUUUCGUAUCCCCCAUUCUCUUUCCCAACGCAGAAACGCUACCAAAACGCCUGACGUCCAUCUCCCCAAUAACUUCUCCUGCACAUCCAGCCAUCAAGUCCUUGUCGUGUGCCUUACUCCACCCACAUGAUCCUUCCUGCCUACGAACCUACGUCCAGUACUGGAUCCAAGCCUUUCCCAAAAUCGCCCGUUUCUUCACUCUGUUCUUCACAGCUAUGAGCAUCACAAAGUACAAGGCUUUCCUCUCCUCGCCCAUCACCUCGUUGAACAAUCUUGCCAAACGCAUAUUGCGCAUGUCGCUCUUCCUCUCUGGUGCCAUAGGAACAAGUUGGGGCUCUAUUUGCCUGUUCCAGAAUAUCUUACCCCGGACGUUCCUUUCUACGCAACGCUGGUUCCUAGGUGGUUUCCUCAGUGGGUUAUGGGCAUUCCUGGAAAGGAAAGGUGGAAGGAGUAAUUUCUUGUAUACGGCUAGAAUGUCGAUCGAUUCGCUGUGGAAAGUAGGGGUUAAGAGGAGAUGGUGGAAGGGCGUGAAGAAUGGGGAUGUACUGCUUUUCGUUGUUAGUCUGGCGACUGUAAAUGCUCUGUACGAGGUGUCGCCUCGGGCGGUUAAUAGUGGCGUUGCGAGGAAAGGACUAGGUGUGUUGAGGGGUGAGGGCUGGGUUGAUAGAGCAGUGGUGCUGAGAGAACGCAAGGGCAAGGAAGGUGCUGAUGAGGAGUAA